CUGCUCGCCGGGCCUGCUGAUGAUAGCUUGGAUCCGCGCACCCCGUGCUUCUCUACGGAAUAUCCUGACCGUGAAUGAAUUCCUGGCUUCUCAUGGAAUGACGAUCGAAAAAAUCAUCCAGAUCACAGUCCUCCAUCGGGGAGGAUAGCGACAGCUUCCCGUAUCGAAUGUCGUGAGUCUUGGGAUCAAUUCCUCUCCGGAAACAGGCGAGCGACCCCGAGUCUCAACCACUUGGAGUACAUUCAGACUGAAGACAGGAGCAUUUCAAUCAGAUCCGCCUGACUACUAAACUAGAGGUACCGCCGAGUCGGAUCGAAGAUGCCUCGAAGAUGCGCUUGAUUUUCUUGGGUUCCGACAGGUUCUCGGUCAUUUGUUUGAGAGCCUUAAUUUCCCACGUCAACGACUUGAAAUCCCUAACGGUCGUGACUAAUAACUACACCCCGGUGUUCCGGUGCGCAGUUGAAAACAAUAUUGUUCCGAUGGAAUGGCCGUACAGGCUCCCGCCAAAGCGAUUUGAUCUAGGCAUCGUGGUCUCUUUCGGCUAUAUGAUUCCGUCCGCUUGCAUCGAGCAAUGCACUCAUGGAAUGGUGAACGUCCAUCCGAGCCUUCUGCCUCGAUGGCGCGGUGCUGCUCCGCUCGUCCACACUCUGCUCAAUCGAGACAGUCGGACUGGGGUGUCUCUGAUCACGGUGGCGAAAGAGCGUUUCGACACGGGCUCAAUCAUCGAUAAGCAGGAACUAUCGGGAAACCCUCAGAACAUGGAGUACGCGGAGCUCCAUGAGACGACUGCCAAUCUUGGUGCAAAAAUGCUAUUGAGAUUUUUGGAUGAUGUCGAAGGCAAUCUGAGAGCAGCGACGCCUCAAGGGGAAGAGGGUGCCACACGGGCUCCGAAGGUCACUCCGUCCAUGGCGGUGAUCGACUGGAGACGGACCGUUCUCGAGGUGGAUGCCCUCCGCCGAGCCAUCACACCGUUCGAGCCCCUGAGGACUUACUUCCGAGGAGAUCUGAUAAAAGUGUUCCUGGUCCCAUUGAGAGAGAGUCCGCCGGACAUCGAUCCCAAAUAUAUCCGAGAACCUUUGCGUCCUGGCUGCGUGGUUUAUUGCAGAAAAACACGACUUAUAGCCGUGAGGUGCGCCGACGGUUGGAUCUGGGUUCAAGCCGUGGUCUUUCAAGGUCGACGUAGAAUUACUGCAAACGGAUUUGCUGCUGGGUAUCUAUCUAAGAGUCCAUGUAAAUUUUUCUCGAACGAAGUUUGA